GGCGACAGCGCCGGGAGACUCCUGCCUGCCGCAGCUGCUGCAGAGGCUGAGCAUGCAGGUGGUGUAGCAUUCCACGUGUUUGAUUCCCCGCUUGUUCCCUGGGUACAGGAGACCUGAAGGCUCCUGUGAACAGCUGCGGAGAGGCGCCUGGUGGGUCGCGGAGUCCCUUCGGGGCUUCAUGCGACCUGUCACCUCUGAGGCCCCUCGCCAUGGCUGACACGAUUUUUGGCAACGGAAAUGACCAGUGGGUGUGUCCGAACGACAGGCAGCUGGCUCUGAGGGCCAAGCUUCAGACGGGCUGGUCUGUGCACACCUUCCAGACUGACCGGCAACGCAAGACGCAAGCCCUCAGUGGCCAGGAGAUGGGGGUCAUCCUGGAGGUCAUCCGGCGGGCGGAGAGACUCGACCUGAUUGAGCAGCAGCGAAUCGGGCGUUUGGUGGAGCGGCUGGAGAACAUGCGGAAGAACAGGAUGGGCAACGGACUUUCUCAGUGCCUGCUCUGCGGAGAGACGCUCGGCUUGCUGGGGAGCACUGCUGUCUUCUGCCAGGACUGCAAAAAGAAAGUCUGCACCAAGUGCGGUAUUGAAACCGUGGGCACCUCGAAACGGCCCCUCUGGUUGUGCAAGAUCUGCAGCGAGCAGCGAGAGGUCUGGAAGCGAUCCGGCGCCUGGUUCUACAAAGGCCUCCCCAAGUACAUCUUGCCCUUGAAAAGCAUCGGCAGAGCCAAAGAGCCGCCCCUGAGGCCUCGCCACGUGGAAUCGCCGACCCUGGAGGUCAGAGGCGCCGCUGCGACUCGCUCCUACACCUGGGCCAGUGUAAGAGUGGUCUCCAGUGACAGUGAGAGCGACUCGGAGUUCAGCUCCUCAAGCCUGGAUGACCGGUCCUUGCCUGCCAGGUCAAAAGCUGUCAAGAUUAAAAACCGAGAAGAAACAGCUGGCAGAGGUGAAGUCACCCGAACCCCGACCAGAAGCACCGGCCAGCCCCUGGGGAGCAUCUUGUCGGAAAGCCAGAGCAGCUUGGGGAGUGAACGCGGCGGGGUCCUGAGCGCCACCGAAAGCUGCCCAAGCGACCUGCAGGAUGAGGAUAGCGAUGCCAGCCGCAGCACCGCUGGGAAAAGGCGUCUCCUCCCAAGCAGUCCCUGGUGCUGAUGGCAGCCAAAGGCAUUGAGUUCCGAGCUGCUCUCCCCUCAGCCCGCCAGAUGGAAAUUUGGGUAGAUGGCAGCUCCAGGCCAUGAUUGGGCACCAGCCUUGAGGAGGACCCAGCUUUGGCAGUGUGGAGAUGAGGCCAUCGCCAUGGUUGUCCAUCUGUUUGGUGUCCGUGCCUCCUUUUCAUUCUUCUUGCCGCCGAAGAAGAAGCUGGAAGGGCUGGGUUUGGGGACCCUGAGGCCCCACCCAUCCCCACCGAGCUUUGGAUCUUGAGGUUCUUCUGUUCUCCACUGUCAAGUGUGAAAGUUCCGAUGAGUCCAGAGACUUCUGAAGACGUUCCUGCGGGACGGUCAGAGUGCGGCCUGGUGGCGAGAGCACAGAGGAGAGGGGUGCGUCGGCUCCCAGGAGAGGCCCU